UGGUUCUUAUCACCUUUAUCAGCUAGCAGAAUAAAGAAGUGAGAUUAAGUGAGUACUUAUUUUAGUUGUGUUUAUUGUCCCCUCAGAACGUAGCGCUUGUAUUAAUUCAAAAAAUGGCAGAAAGCAACUUUCCUUUAACAGUUUCUGAACUAAGUGAAGAAGACCGAGAGAUUGCUAAAAAACUUUAUGCAGAAGAGUUUGUCCAAGUUGGCGAAAAAAAGUGGUUUACACGAAAGUCUUUCACAAAAUAUGGUCCUGAAUUUUAUAAUUUUUCGGUGAGGUCUGAUGAUGUUUGGUUACUGGGAUAUGAGCGAUCAGGUACCACUGUUUCUCAAGAAAUUGCUUGGCUUAUUUGCAAUAAUGUCGAUGUCGAUAAAGCAAAACAGCUCACACUUAUUCAGAGAUUUCCAAGUUUGGAGCAUAUCCUGUUUUAUAGUCCAGAAGAGUCCAAGGACGAGGAGAAAAAAAUAAGCGACCAGAUAGUGAAAUCGUACGCAGACCUGUCUGAAGCAACCGAGAAGCGUUUCAUAAAGUCUCACUUACCAUUUAGCCUUUUGCCGACAAAUCUAACAACAAGUGGUUGCAAGAUUAUCUAUCUUAUACGAGAACCCAAAGAUGUUAUAACUUCUAAUUAUGUCAUUUAUGAGAAGUUUUCGAAAAUUAAACCUUUUGUUGAAUUUCCAGUUUUUUGGGACGCCUUCAAAAAAAAUUUGGUUCUUUGGGGGCCAUAUUUCGAGCAUUUAAAAGAAGCAUGGAAGUUUAGAGAACAUGAAAAUGUACUCGUGGUGUUCUACGACGACUUGUUAAACGACCAGAAAGAGUGGAUCAAAAAAAUUGCUCAGUUUCUUGGAAAAAAUCUUAGUGAGGAAAAUAUCGCCAGCAUUUCAGAAUAUUGUAAGAAAGCUUUCACCAAGAGCCCCACUGCUGAUAAGACAGAUGAAGAAAAGUUUGUGAUAGAAACAGGAAAAUGGAAGAAAUACUUCAUUGGGGCUUUAGAAACGGAAGUUGAAGAUUGGAUUAACGAGAACAUAAAGGAUACGGGUAUCUGCUUUUCCUCAAAGGCCGAAAAUAAGUGAAGUUUUUAUUGCUGUUCAAUGUUCAUUUAUGUUACAAAACAAAUAUUGUCUUUGAUUCG